AUGUUCAGUCAGCGUCGUAAGAGACCCGCUGCCCAGCUCAUUGCCUCGGGUGCGAAAAGGCCUCGUCCAUCAAAGUCAUCCAUGUACUCCCAUGGACGGGCAGUAUUUUGCCGAGGUGACCAUAAAGCUGACAAGCAUAAACAGUGGGCCGCACUUGGGGCCUGGUUUCUUGGGCCUAAAGCCGAGAACGGCGACGUGCUUCGCGACCUGUUGACGCAAGCUGUGGAUGCCCAAAUUGGAUUUCGUCACAGGUGAGUUCAUAGAGAUCUUACGAUUCAAGGAAUUGGACAAGAUUUAACUUGAAGUUUUUUCGCCUAUUCUCAAAAAAUCAGUAGCGAGUUUAACCCUCUUCUGGCUUUUUUUUGUUUGUUUGUUUGUUGUUUUUUUGCUUCCUGCGACUGAUUUAAAUUUUUAAAGAAGGAUCUGGAACGAUCCACCAUCUUGGAUUCGCCAUUUGAGCUAAGUAAUUGUGUUCUAUUUUCCUUAAAACCCCUAUAAAUAGCGCCAAAUGUGAUAGGAAAUUGAUCUGACCCGGAAGCAAAGAAAGAAAGAAAGAAAGAAAAAACUGAUCAAUCUAGUAGUCAUGGGGUUCCAGAUAUAAAUUUGUUCUAGUUUAAGUUUCUCCUGUUCUACUAUAGUAACAUUUUCGUUUGCAAACGAGCGGUAGUACGACUCCAAGUAGCGUCUUUUGAAUUCUAAGAAUAAUGACUGCUUAUUCAUGACCGUAUUUUGAUGGCGUUUUCAUGUUGAUAAUGGCCUUUACAUUUGAUCUUUAUUAGAGACUUUUUGCCUCUUGGCGGUCAUUCGUGAACAACUAAGUUAAAACAAUAUAAUUACUACGCCGACCAAUCAGUGCUAGUUAACCAGAUUGCUGACAAAUGUACGUCAUCACUGUGGAAUUCAUGUGGCCGAAUCGCACAGACGUCUCUCCCCCGAAUCGAAAUGUCCUCAAGGAGAGACGGCUGUAUUGGCAGGCUAGCUUGUUAACGGCUCCUGCUAUAGUUUUUCGAGGCUUUUGUAAAAAUUUCAUCUAUGUAUUUAUAUUACUUUUUUGCUUAAAACCGCGGGCCACGUUGGACAAAACAAAUAAAACAAGUUUUCCGUGACGUCGCCCGCGUGUCUGUUCUCUAACGGAUCAUGGGCAAUGACCAAUCACAGCGCUCGUAGCGUUCACAACUUUGUAUAAACGUUUAUACUGCCACACCAAGGAGAGGUGGAUUUUUAGACACCUCGUCUUUCAGUACUGGUAUGAACCUAGUUGAUGCACUUAGAGUAACACAGCAGUUUUUAUCAUUCCACCUUCUUUGUAUUGGGCUAGCGCUGCAUUUUGCCUCCGUAACGUAAUCAUUAAGAUUGUUAAUUCUGAACAACUUAUUUUGAUAUUUUUUUCAGUUAUUUUCCCUGUGACCCUCCCUACAUCACAGACGAGCUUCGAGAAGCAGGGGGUUUUAAGCAUGCCAUGGAGAAUUUACAAACGGAGAUGGACCAAUUGCAAAAGGAUCUGAGAAACUCCGUUCCCUUCUUUAGUUCACGUUACAAGGUAAUAAGUACUAUGUAGUACACCAGAAGUAUAUAGGUUAUAUGAUUAUGAGUACACUUAAUUUCGUUGCUUCUUUUCUGGCUUUGUAGAUUCUAGGUAAUUGAAUGAAGAUUGGAAUUUUGGCAGGACUCUUGAGUAUUGUUUUAGACAGGCGUACUUAGACUAAACGAAAUAAAAAUACAAAAAAGCAAAGGCAUUUAGAUCCAUUUGUAUGAGAAAAAUAGUAUAAGAUAUAAAACCAAUUAAAAUUUCACAUAAUUUUACCUACUAGAUAUUCUGCUUUUAACAGUGACAAGAAUUGAUUUCAUGGAAGUUGUCAUUCUGGAAACUUAAAAAACUUCCUGGAAGUUGUACUUUAACAUACAGUAAACUACUUAAUAUUUUUGACUUUUAAACAAUAUGUUGAAUCAGGUUUGCUCUGGGCGAGAUCAGACGACUGACUUAAGUUGCGUUAGAUACUUUAGCAACUGCAUCGACUGAAUUCUCCAUUGUCCUAGCUAGGAAUUAACCAGGCCCAGAAAGCGCUUUGUACUCUUCAGGUUUUCAUUUUAUUUAUUUCGCCUUGGACUCGAAACGGCUCUCUGGCGUUCGAGAAACGGGCUAUAGUUUUACGUGUUUUCCUUGAAGUGACGUCGACUGCUAAAAUGUUUCUAGGGCCACGUUCUUUGGGAGACCGCCAUGCCCGCUAACCUUGGCUACAUCUCUGCAUUGCUGUUCAACCAAAACAACUGUGCAGCCGAAGCAUCCACUGUUACAACCAAAUACGAGGUCGAAGUGGGAACGGACCUGUCUGUCAUGAUGGGGUAUGACAAAGACAAGUCAAUGGGACACCUUACCGCUGGUGGCUCCGUCGCCAACAUUGAAGCAAUUUGGGCGGGAAGAAAUGUGAAGUACUUUCCACUGGGACUGCAAGAAGCUUUGUUGAAGGAGGAGAGGUUUGCUGGUGCGAAAGACUAUAAGGUGACCGUAAUUUAAUGAAGUUAAACGGAGACAGAAAGCAAUGUCGCAUUUUUUAAUCAGAAAUUCCGAGUACUGACUGGUCUGACAUAGAGUACGACGAAAUAAAAUAUAUUUGAACACACAAGUUAAAAACAAACAAAAAAAAAUAGAACACAAUUAACGUGAAAUUGAAUAAGCAAGAGACUGGUUUUGAAAUAAUCCACAGAGCAAACGAAAUACUUUUCUUGUUCCUUUAACUAAACAGAUUAAUCUAAUUAGCCGGAUCAGUUAUUUAGGAAUCGAUUGCGGUGCAAAAAGUUAAUGGUUUCUUGGUGUUGACUUGUGGACAGGUACAAUCACCAACGUAAUAAUGACAAAAGAUUGUAAAGACAUUGAACCGCGCCACAACACAAAAGCGCACCAGCAAUUGUUUCCGCAACACACACACAAAGAAAAAAAGAAAAUUAUAUUAAUUUCGGGGUCCAAGAUUUGACCUAAUACGGUGUUGUAUUCGGAAAGUGACGUAACAUAUCUUGUCGGGAAACGAGAUUUUACAGCUAUCGGCCGGAAAGGGUUCUUCGCCCAAAUUUAUACCCGGAAUUCGGGAUUUAUUAUUAUUAUUAUUUUUUUUUUUUUAACUCGUAUAUGUUGGCAAUUCGAGAAGUCAUACAAUUGAGCAGCAAAUGCAAAUCAACCAGGCGCGCUUUUGGUGCAUGGUGUCUCCUAUAUAGUGUGCCUUGUUAACUAGUUUCAUUACUCUUAUUCUUUUAAUUGUUUUAUUUCAUUAUGUUUAGAAACAAAAAAGGAAUUCGAAAAAGCGAUGAAAAAAGAGCGGGAUGCAGGAUUUUCGUGAAAAAGGAGCGAAAAUGCAGGAUCAAGGCCCACCCCCACCCUACCCCAUUUCCAGACCCUGAAAACAUCCCAUAAAUUUAUCAUAGUAUUUGAUAGUAUUAGUUAUUUGCUUUAAUAUUGUUAUUGAUACCUAUCAUAUCCUACAAUUAGGUUAGUUUUCCCCAAAGAGGUGGUGGAGAAGGGGAAUUAAUAAGUGCGUCGCAGUGGGAACUUCUCAAUCUUGACGUCGACACCAUCCUAAAGAUGCCUUCUGAUGUACAGAAAAAAUUAGAUAUGGAACAUCAGACAUUCAUGGAGAUUAUGGGCCAAUAUCUUUACGAGUCAAUUGGAGCGCAAGAAUUUGCUAGACGACACAUGCUAACUCAGAGUGCCUGCGUUAUCGUCCCAAGUACGGCGCACAUUUCUCUAACUAAAGCAGUCACUAUUCUUGGUCUCGGACGAGAGAGCCUGGUGACGGUAGCAGUUGACGAAGAUGCCCGGAUGGACCCAAAAGGUUGGUGAAUUGACUUUAUAUACAAUGCUACAUCCCGUGACUUCAAAAGAGAAUAAAAACCAUCUUUGAAAGAUUUAGCGACAUCUUUGUGAUGGUAGAUGAAGAAGAUUUUGUACUUCACUUACAUAGCUCUUUGCGACUCGUAAUAGAACUUUCCCUGGGUGAUAUAAAGGUGUGCAUUAUGUUUCAGAUCUCAAGCGUGUUCUCGAAGAAAAAUUGGAGCAAGAGAUUCCAGUCAUCACAGUGGUAUCUGUGAUGGGAACAACGGAAGAAAGCGCUGUGGAUCCUUUGACAGAAAUUCUUGAUUUGAGGAAAAAAUUUAGCAAAAAGGUUAGGUUUGAUUUUUUACACUACUCUCCAAAUAGCUAAAAUUCUUGGUUAAUUAAGACAUAAAUGCAAAUGUCACUUGUGCUCAUUUGUUUCUAGCCUCCAACGCAGACGUUGUUAGGGUUUGGACUCGCGUUCCUGUCCCACGAACGUCUGUUGAAACACGGACGAUUAAAAACAGAGAACAAUCACAGCCCGGUUCUAAAACUGCGGAGUGUACUUUGGAUCUUGAACAAUUAAACGCGAGACUCAAAGGUCAGAAAGGGUACUGAUUUAGCGAAACCUAGUCGAAUUCUUUGAGAGAAUCCUAAGUAAAUAAUUAAACUUUCACACUUCCUUGUGCUAGAGGCCAGCCUUUCCACAAUCUCUUGACAAUCUCACAUCCUGAAAUGUACCUAUUAUUUUCUAAAGGGUCUCAACUUUUGCGUCCACGCGGAUGGAGCCUGGGGUGGAUAUUUCUGCAGCAUGUUGCGCGACCAGCCAAAAUCCUCUACUGUCAUAACACCAGAGGAUGGAUUUGUUCCCGAAUUGUAUUUAAGUACCUACGUCCAUGAGCAGUUAUCAGCGCUCCAUCAAUGUGAUACUAUCACCAUAGAUCCUCACAAAUCUGGCUUCUGCCCAUACCCCGCGGGAGCACUCUGUUACAGAGACAGCGACAUGAACACAUUUCUUCAAAUAACAACUGCAGUUGCAUAUUACCACGGUGACGUAAAUCUUGGAGACAUUGGCAUCGAAGGUUCCAAACCAGGGGCAGCGGCUGCUGGGGUUAUGCUUGCAAACAGGGUAAAAUUCAGUGACUACUAUUAUAUCGUGUGAAUGAUUAAUUAAAGCAUAAAUUAUAAUUUUAGU